AUGCUCAGCGAGGAGGAGGGCUGGGUCUCGGUCGAGAACGUGACGCUCGGGGAGGCGCUCGCGAAGAUGAACGCGGUCGACUUCGACGACUGGCCCUUUCGGGGGCCGAGGGCCCUGCCCGAGCUGCUGGCCGCCAUCCUGGCCACCGGGCUGACCCUCACGUCCUACUGGGGGUACUGGGUCUCGGAGUCGGGGGUGUCCCGGAACGCCGCGGUGGCCCAGGAGGUGCGGCACGCGCUGAAUCAGCUGCACCACGCCGUGACGUACGACCUCGUGGACCCGUCGAACUUGGCGUCUCUGGAGCUCCUGGGGCGCCGAGUGCUGCAGAUCCAGCGUGCUGUGAAGAGGUGCCCGCGCCACCCGAGUUUCGAGGGCCUCGGCUUGAUGUUGAGCAGCUCUCUGGACGAGAGCGGAGGCAUCGUGACGUCGCGGUUCGACGCGUUCGUGGCCGAGGAGCAGAAGUCGCAGGGCAUCAUUCUGAAGCAGGGGCGGAUGUACCGGGAGGAGCAGGAGUCGGAGGCGAAGAAGUACGAGAGGCAGGGCGACGACAGGGAGAGGGGCUCCAGGGCGGAUCCGAAGGGCAAGGCGAAGCCGAAGCCCAAGGCCGCCGCGAAGGAGUCGGUCAUCAAGCGAGUCCGACGUCGCAUCCGCGGGUUCGGCGACCGGCCGAAGGACAUGGACUGUGCUGGAGCCCUUCAGGAGCUCCUCAAGUGCAAGGAUCUUUACUCGAACAUGGGCGAGGCUUCUACUCGCCGCGACUAUGAUGCUGACAAGCUCAACGUGUUACGACGUGCGCCACAGGACCGGCCUCGUCAGCUUCGAGACGUUGCCCCUCGGCACGUCACCGAGGCGCUGGACCACUUCGACUCGGACGUCGUUCGCCCCGCGCCGAACAUCCCCGAGGACGAGGUCAUUGUCGAGCCGUACUGGGGCCCUCUCCUCAACCCGCGGGACCCCCAGAACCGGCCACGUCUGGUCGACUUCCUUCGACGACUCGCUGCACGGGGCCUGGUGGAUGGCCGGGCGCGUCGGAAGGCGUGCGUCAGUACCUUCUUCGUCGCCAAGAAGAACGGCGACAUCCGCAUGGUCGUGGACGCUCGCCAGCCCAACCAGCUGCACAAGCUUCCCCCUCGGACUGUGCUCGCAUCGGGCGAGGCGCUGGGCUCGAUCAACUUGCUCGACGCCGUCGGCGCGAGCCCUGAGGACUUGGCGGAUUUCGACGGCUGCUAUGAGUCGCUCUGCGCAGGCUCCGUGGACCUCAUGGACGGGUUCUACCAGUUCGCCGACCCUUCGUGGGGCAGCUGGAUGUGCUUCGACGUGGAGGUCACCGCUGACGAGCUCGGGAUCGACUCGAUCUACGACGAGAAGCUCGGGCGCCGCGUGGCCGUAUCAGGCGACGACGUCAUCUGGCCCUGCUUCGCGGCGCUGCCCAUGGGCUGGAGCUGGGCGCUCUGGAUCUGCCACGAGGUUCUCGUCGAUGCGAUGGUCGAGGCGGGCCUCCCGAGCGACGGCUGGUGCCUUGACAAAGCCCGGGCGCCGACUCUCGUCGGACAGGCUGUCGUCAGGGCGCCGUACGUCGACAAUGGGAAUCUUGCGUCGCUCAGCGCGCCGGCGCUCAACGACCGGCUGGACAAGCUCACCGCUGAACUGGACCGUCGUGGGCUUCGCUGGCACGAGCUCGAGCGCGCGCAGCCCGGCCUUGUCAUCUUGGGGCUGGUGCUCGACGGGCGCGAGGGCCGACUUCGGCACACCGCCAAGCGCGCCUGGAGGCUCUACCUGGCUCUGCACCACGUGCUUCGGAUACCAUGGCUCGCCCGCUGGCAGCUGCGACGGAUCGUCGGCCAUCUGGUGCACUACUUCUCCGUCGUGCGCCCCGGGCUCAGCGUGCUGGGGGCCUGCUACACGUUCAUCGGAGACGGCGACCUGUCCACUGUCGUGCGCUUGCCUGGAGAUGUUCUCGGUGAGCUCGCAGUCGCUGCGGGGCUGGUCUUCCUCGGCGAAGUGGACUUGUGCCGCGUGCCGUCCGACAUCGCCUUCACGACCGACAGCUCGCUGCGAGGCUACGCCGUCUGCGAAGCCCGGCUGGAGCCCUGGGAGGUGCCGGCGGCCACCAGAUGGCGGGAGCGCCAGCGGUUCGUUGCCACCGAGCCCGAGGUUGCGCCUGACGACGAGCAGUACGAAGGACGGGCCGCCGGCUUCUGUGACAUCUCCGAGCCACUGCCCGUCGAGCUGCCGCCCCGGCUGCGGCACGCCGCGGCCAAGAGGCGCCGGGUCGAGUUGGAGAUCGGCGUCCCGCCCGAGCCGUUGGCGGACGCUCUGCUGGAUGCUGGCCGCUGGGUGGAGCGCCGCCGUGGCGCGUGGCGCCGGCCAGGGCGCAUCCACGCCCUCGAGGCGCGCGCCGCCGUCGCACCGCUAUGGAGAGCGGCAGCCGAUGUCAACUUCCACGGGAAGGAGAUCCUCAGCCUGUGCGACAACAUGUCGUCGGUCCUCGCCUUCGAGAAGGGCAGGGCCACCAAUUUUGAGCUCCUGGCACAGUGUCGCCGAGCUGCGGCCGUCUGCUUCGGGUGCGAGAUCCGCUGGCGCCCGAGGCACGUGCCUGGCAUCUACAACGUCGCGGACCACGGGAGCCGGGCGGCUGACCGGGGGGAGCUCCUCCCCGGACGCUACCGCGGGCGUGGCGCCCUGUCGGCGCCCACCAGCGGCAGCCGCCGAAUGCCCGUGGUCCCGCCAGCCGCGGGCAAGGCCGAGGCCUCGCCGACCACGGCUGUCGAGUUUGAGAUCGGCAUCAAGAUGAAGUCUCGAAAGUACUCCCCAACGAGCGACCCCGACAAGAUCGACACGAGCAUGCUCGAAACCUACCUGUUGCACUCGAGCCUCCUGGAGUUCCUCUACGGGGCCCACAUGUACACCUUGGGGCACGCGAAGAUCCUCAACAGGACCCUCCUGAGCGCCCUCGGCCUCUUGCGGUUCUACAACGGGGCCCACCUGUACGUCUUGGGCCACACGAAGAGCCUCAACGGUCACUGGUGGGUGCCAGUCGGGGGCACGCGCGAUCCAGCGCCGGCGGACCGCACGCUUGUGGCGUUCACAGUCCGUGUCGUGCGACUCUGCCGGUCCCUGGGGAUCUUCGUCACUUUCGAGAACCCGCCUGCGAGCCGUGUCUGGAAGUGGCCCGCGUUGGAGCGAGAGCUGCAGCGCCUUGCCUGGCCGAAGGUGCUGUUCGACUCGUGCAGGUUCGGCGCGCCCUUCAAGAAGCCAGGUGCGAUCGCCGGGAGCCUUCCCGGGCUGGGCCAUCUUGCACUGCGCUGCUGUUGCGCUUGCCGCCAUAGGGUUGAGCUGCAAGGCAAGGUCCGGCAUCCGACGCGGGGCUGGACGUGGCGGACGACUCUGGCCGGGGCUUACCUACCCAGCUGGUGCCGCCUGCUGGUCUCGUUGGCCGGCCCAGACGCCCCUCAGAGUGCUUUCGGGCGCUCGACCCAGGAUGACCUCCAGGCUCGGGCCCACGCGCUGGCAAGCGCGGCCGGGGUCGCCGAGCUCCGCGGAGUCACGGCUGCCGCGCGUGGAGACGUCGCUGCUGGUCAGCGGCAGGCCGCCCCCGGAGAGUACCUCCGCCUGGCCUCGCUGCGGCCAGCCACGGUCGACAGCUACACGUCCGCCGUGACCGAGCUGACCGACUACGCCAACCGCCGGGGCCUGCUGCUGACCACGCCGGAGCUGGCCGACGAGACGCUCAACUUGUACUUCGAAGACUUGUUCUUUGCAGGUGAGCCCCAGUACCUGGCUCGUAACGCGUUGUAUGGGCUCUGCAAAGUUCGAGGAUGGUCUGCUAGCCGACCUCGCUUCCAUAAGGCCAAAGAUGCUCUAACUGGUUGGUCGGCAAAACUGCCGACUACGCCGCGAGAGCCGCCGCCGUUCGAAGCCGUCCAGCUGACCUGUGCCGUGCUCGACAACGGGACCACGUCCGACCUACUGGCGUGCCUGGCCUCCGCGACUGGGUUUGACAUGUACUUCCGGCCAGGCGAGUUGCUCGCCAUCAAACCAGAGCACGUCUUCGGCUCUCGUACGUCGGGCAGGGCUUCUGACAUCACCGUCGUCGUGGCACCGCUAGCAGGGUCCUCAUCAGAAUUGGAUCCUGAGUUCACGAACACGCUCAACGAGAAGUUCCACGUGGCUUGGCCCGGAGAGUUCAAUUUGAUCGGAAUGCCAAAGGAUGCGGACAUAGUGUCGCCCAGCAGUGCUCUCUUGGUGGUUAAUGCUACGCUUGAAGACGUCGGCCUGAAAGACUGCGACGAUCUCCUCAUCCGCAAGGUCACCGUCUUCGGCACGAAGCUCGGCAGCGUCAGCUCUCUGGAGUUCACUAUCGGCAGCGACGAUUUCAACACCACCGAUGCACUGGGCCUGAAGAUCGACGGCGUCUCCAAGACUGUGACGGAAUUCCUCGCAGAAAUGCCGACGUGCACAUUCACCCGUCCUCGAGUAGUCGCGCUUCCCACCAAGAACAGUUUCCGCAAACGUUCGGCGAUGUACAGCGCAAUUUGCAACAUCGGUGAUGUCCCGAAUACCCUCACUCUGACCUGGUCUUCGGUGUGGCGUAAAAACUAUGGCGAUGUGUACUACCAGAACGACCUGGAGGUGUUCGUCUCGGGGGCGAAGAAGAAGUGGUGCUGCGAGAACUACGAGGCGCCCCUGGACUGCGAGGACGUCCUGCUGGGCGCCCAGUCCGCGGCCGAGGGGGCUGACGAUGCAACACCGGGCUCUGUGACAACGACAGCUUCGACCACAACGGAGACGACAAGCUUAGCGCAGGUCCAGGAGAGGUACGACUGCAGAGAGGGCUACGCCAAGUGGGAGACUGGGUGGUCCGACUCGAAGAAAGUUCUCUCUCGCGCCGCGAAGCGCUGCGCAGAUGGCACGCGAGGCCCAGGCAAGGACCUGGGCGCGUACGCCCUCGCGCCGAGCCCGUCGAACCCAUGGCGGGUUGCCAUGUGA